UCUGCAAAGUGUCUUCUCUGAAAACGCUGCAGCUUGGAUUCCACCUCAGAGCUGUCUCUUUCUAAACCCCUCUCCCUACCACCAUCACUGCCACCUCUCCCCACCCUGCACCCCCCCAAAAUUUUUUCAAUUUUCAUAGUCAUUUUCUCUCCUCCUGAUUUUGCAACCAAAAGAAAAAUUUUGCGGUUGUAACAUCCUACCAAUCCUAGUCUUUAAAUCCAAGAGAUAGGGACAAAACCUUUUCUCCCCUUGAUCUGAGACCAUUCCACAAAUUGACGGGCAGCCAGCAGCAUUUGCUCUUUUGUAAGAAUAACUGAGAACAUCAACUGGAGAACACAGAAUCCUUUUGAAAUUCUGCCAGUUAUUUGAAGUAACUUUGGCAGAGGAAAAACAAAACACUCAGUAUCUUAACGUUGACAGUUGCCUUCUUAGGAGUUGGUCUCUAAUGUGAUUUUUAGUUACUCUGAUACAAUUUUUAUUUUACAGUGGACUUUUUGUUUGACCACUGAGACCGAAUUUGACUUAGAUUCAACCCUAAGUGCUAACAAAGAAGCAUUUCACCAAAGCAACCUGUUAGCUCUUCACAUUUAGCUGGAAUUUAUUUUUAAGCUUUCAACAGCAGCACUAAUAGUGCUCUAGAGAGGGUGUACUUGAUUUUAAGUUUGCUUUCAGUAUGGCAGCUGUCAGUAUUGCCCUGGUUCGUGAUGCCAAGUGGCUGACUUUGGAAGUGUGUAGAGAAUUUCAGAGAGGAACCUGCUCUCGAGCUGAUGCAGAUUGCAAGUUUGCCCAUCCACCAAGAGUUUGCCAUGUGGAAAAUGGUCGUGUGGUGGCUUGUUUUGAUUCUCUAAAGGGCCGGUGUGCCAGAGAGAACUGCAAGUACCUUCACCCUCCUCCACAUUUGAAAACGCAGCUGGAAAUUAAUGGACGGAACAAUCUGAUUCAACAAAAGAGUGCCGCCGCUAUGUUCGCCCAGCAGAUGCAGUUUAUGUUCCAGAAUGCUCAGAUGCCACCAUGCUGUAAUUCUUUUCCUGUGAAUCCUGCGAUUGCAGCUAAUCCUGCCAUGGCUUACAAUCCUUACUUACCUCCUCAUCCUGGGAUGGGCCUGGUCCCCGCCGAACUGGUACAAAACACACCUGUUCUGAUUUCUGGAAACCCACCUCUUCCACUGCAAGGGGCUAUUGGUCCAAAACCGAUCCGUUCAGAUAAACUGGAGGUUUGCCGUGAAUUUCAGCGAGGUAAUUGUACCCGUGGUGAGAAUGAUUGCCGCUAUGCUCACCCUACUGAUGUGUCCAUGAUUGAGGCAAGUGAUAAUACUGUGACCAUCUGCAUGGAUUACAUCAAAGGUCGAUGCUCCCGAGAGAAAUGCAGGUAUUUUCAUCCUCCUGCGCACUUGCAAGCCAAACUCAAAGCAGCUCAUUACCAGAUGAGCCAGAUGAACCAUUCAGCUGCCACUGCAAUGGGCCUUCAGCCUGGUAUACUUCAGCUGAUACCAAAGAGAUCGGCACUUGAAAAGGUCAAUUGUGUCCCCCCAGUCUUUAAUCCCAGUGUGUUCCACUGCCAACAGGCUCUGCCUAACAUGCCGAUGCCGCAGCCGCAGCCGCAGCCGCAGUUCAUUCCUACAGGGCCAAUACUGUGCAUGGCACCCGCUUCAAGUGUUGUGCCCAUGAUGCACAGCGCUACACCUUCCACCAUGUCUGCAGCACCACCACCUGCUGCCAGCAUUCCCUUCGUUGCAACAGCUCCAGGCAAUCAGUUGAAAUUCUGAACAACAGAGUUACAGAUUACCAGAAUCUCUCUGUGAGGACCUCCGCGUGGCCUUUCUAUAUUCAUUCACGUAUGUCCUCUUCUACCAACACAACAAUAAGCGUGGUGCAGUCAAUAUAUUAAACAUGCCAACCAACAAAUUCAAAGAAAAAAUAAGGCAUUAAACAAAGGAGAUGUUAAAACACAAAUGGAAAAUGAAAUAACUACCAUCUAUCUUAUUUGAAUUAUUAUGUAAAACAGUAUAACGUUUUAUAAUUUAUCAUGUGUUUCUCUGUGAUUUCCCAGUAACUAUUAUGCUGAGUGAAUCUCUAAAGUGGACUGUUGGCUUAUUGUGCAUUCUUGGUGGAUAAAUGUUUCUCUGUUUUGAAGUGUUAACCAGUUUGUUUACACAGUAGUCUAUUGGGCUGAUUUAGAAUGUAACACAUAUAUCCAGUACCAUUUUCUUCAUUAUUGUAUCGUAUUGUUGUGUAUUGUGUUAGGUUUUUACAUAGUAUAUAGUGUUUUGCUGUAAUGUGUGGUGUUUGAUUUUAACUAAAAUGUUAUCAAUGGGAAACAGAAACACAUGUGCUUGAAAAAGAUGACAGGUUAAUAUUGAUAUGCUCUCUCUUUAGAAUAUUUCUGUAGGUUUCUUGAGGCAGACAUUUAAAGGGCCUCUCUUUUGAGUAUGUCUAAAACCUGUUCGUAAACAUGCAUGUAUAUAAUUUGUACCUGUAGAUCUGAUCUUGUAUAGUACAGUCAACGUUACUAGAUUUUUUUGUGAGAGAGAAAAAUUACCUGAAAAUAGCAGGGAACUUCUUAAAACAUUAACCUGAAUUUCACUCCUUAAGUAGCUAAGCUACUUAAAGUAAAUUCUGGAUUUACCUUUAAAUGGUUUUCUCAGCAUUUAGACUAUGAAUUGUGUAAAGUGCCCAUUACAGUUUUUUGUGGCUCAAGAAUCCUGUCUUCUAGGUUGAGUGUCUAAAACUGAGCGAUUUGUAAUCUUCAGCUGAAAAAUUGGUCCUGGGAGCUUAAAGGUAUUCUGACUACAGGUUAUAAAUUAAGUAGAGAGAGGAGGGGCAUGGAGAUAGUUUUUACAUUUUGGAGGAAGUGUGUAAAAACCAUUGCACUGUAACCUUUGAUACAAGUGCCAUUUUCCAAAUGGAAAUGGCUCAUGCUCUUUACACUACUCUGAAUAACAAGGAAGAUGCAAUCUGGAACAGUCAGUCAGGGUGAAGGAAAAUUGGUUCCCAGUGAGGCCUUUCCUCCCCAAAUGGACAGUCUUUUCUGUUGAUCACAGUUGGAGACAAGAGUAUAGGUUUGGAGAAAUGGCAGGGCUGGGGAAGGAGGGAGGGAGCCACUUGAAAUUACUCUUCAAUUCAUUUAAAAUUUCUAGGGAAGGAUGGCCACAGUUGUCUUUAGUUUCAGUUCAACUGAGUUUUCCAUUUUGUUAAAACAUUUCAGUGAAGGAGCAAGCACCUGGGAUAUAUGUUACUGAUACAUUUUCACCGUCCCAAACUUUAUUAGCAACAGAAUCUGUCGUAUCACAACCAAACUUCUUUUUUGUUUCUUUGGAUUUCUUUUUUUUUAUAUGUUUUGAAAAUUGUAAGAGAGUUUGUAACACCCUUUAGAUGAAAUGGAGUGACUGCACUCCACAGAACUGACCUGAAUUCACACUACUAAUACUUUUGAAAUAAUUGAAUAGCCAAGUAAAAUAGUAAUUAAUUCCUAUGGUAUGUCACAUACCUCCUCCACCCCACUCAGUUAUUAAAGUUACUGUUAUUAAUGAGUGGUAGAACCACGUGAUAAUUUGCAUCAGUUUAGAUAGAUUUAGUAUUUUCUAUUAAAUAUAUGUUCCCUCACUGGAAAGUACAAAGUCAUCAAAUUUGCUGUAUGUCCCAAGUUUAUUAUUCUCCUUCAUGAAAAUGACAAGCCAAGGGAAAAUCGGGUUUUGGAUACCUCAAGCCAACUAGUAGUAUUUGAAGCACAGAACAGUGGAACUGGCAAAAACCUUUUCACCGCCAGGGCAUGUGACUUGUCCAGGACUGCCUAGCUACUUGGUAGAAGUUGGACCCUGAAAUAUCUCCUGACUCCUGGUUGUUCCUCCAUUUCACGUUGUCUGUGCUUCAGAACAUUUGAGACUCCAGCCCAAAGCAGAUCAUUUUGGCUCAGAAUAACAAAAGAGCAAAAUUAACUCUUCAGUAGCUGAUAUCCUGUUGAACUUAAUCAUCAAUUCAAAACAUGAUCAUCAGUGAUUUCUAAGUGAUCUUGCUUGUAUUGAACCACUGUCAUCUGCUAACGGCGUUGUCUGGAGUUAGAGAACAAGAGGCGUGUUGACUUUUACCUACUGGUCCUUUGAACCACUUAAUUUCUGUUUCCCAAAAUCUUAACUCUGUACUCUGGCAAUGUUACUUGUGUUUGGAGCUGAGUUUUAUAAAACCUGUCCUGGGGCCUCUCCAGAAGGGCAGAUUUGACCGAGGAAGGAUGUACCUCAGCUACUCUAGAUGUAUUCCUUAAAAGAGACAGAGACAUCUUCAGUGUGAAAUGAAGUUUUUUGGGUCAUUUGACGUUUUGAUACAGCAUACUGUCUAAUUUUUAAACUUCUGACAAAGAUGUACAUGGACAGUAAGCCUUGAGUACAGCUGUUUGCAUGUUGCCUUAAGCACUGGAAGACAUGAAUGAAUAGUGAUGUACUUUUAAGUAAGAGGUUCGGUGAGAGAUAUUCAGGGUAGUGGUAUUUUUGGUGCCACAAUUUUUUUAUAUUGUUGGCAUUUUAAAAGUUGCUUUGUGAGUGAAUUUAGAGAAAGAAAACUCAAAGCACUAAGGUUCUGAUGUGAAAGAAUUUUGACAAAAAUGCAAUAUUAAGAUAGCACUCUUUAGUUGUGCAAUGACUUAUUCAAAUGAUCUUUAUUCAAGAAAAGACAAGUCAUAGACUAUAAAGUUCUGGUGAAAAAGAGAAGUCACAAAACUAAUCAGUGACUCUAAACGACAAUUUACUGGAUUAAGUGUAUAUAUGUAAAAUUCUAAUCACUUGUGAUUCUUAGUUAACAUUUUAUAAGCUUUGUAGUUUAUAAGAGCCUCUUUUAUUUGUCCAAAAUUAUUGUUUUUGUCCUCUCAGUCUCUUUCAAAAAUACACAAGUGUGCUGCAACUUGGAUAAAAACAGGUCAUGUAUACAGAGAAAAUAAUCUAAAUGUUUAAGAGGGUUUUAGUAAUGUCAAAUUUCUAAAAGCACUAUGUGACCGUAACAUAAGUAUGUUUUAAAGAGGGAUUAAAGUUAAAUUUAAAUGGAUUCAUAAAAUCACUAUGUAAAAAACAGUAUUUGCUUUCGCAGUUGGAGCAUGAUUCCUCAACUAGCUGUUGCAUUUCAUUUCACUUGUCUAGAGUCUUUAAUUUGCAGUUAAUUGCGAUGUGUAAAGCCAUCCUCUGCCAACGCCAUCAGUCUUCUCCAUCCAUUCCUGAACACACUGAAGCACUUUGAUCUUGCCAUCAGUGUUGUCCUACACCACUAGGCUGUGUUCACUAAUGGGCAGCCUCAGCUCACCAGCUUUCCAGUUUGGGCAAACAAGUACCUCCUCCCUACCAUCAGCAGGAACCAAAUAAAAUGAAUCAUUACAGCAUGAAUCUCUUUUUUCAUGGCACGACCAAGAAGCACAGUGAUGUCCGAUUAAGGACAACAUUGGCAUUAAAUUUUAUUAAAUAACAUAUAGGGAAGGCCCAUGUGCUACUUGGAACGUUAUUUCGGCCUUCCGCUACUCCUUUAGAGAGUUUAUGAGGAUGCUCUUAGAUGAAAUGCAGCCACAGGUUUUCAGGUUAUUUCAGUCUGUAGGGUAGGCUGUGAUGCACAGAAUGAAUAGAAACUGGAAUCUUCUUUCUUUGAAUCUCUUCUACAUUUCACACGUUUAAAUAGAAAUAGGGAAAUACGAUCUCCCAAUUCUGUUGAAUAGAUUUAGGAAGAUGGUGGCCUCACUUUUUAUCAGUGCCUGGCAAAGGCAAUAGAAUAAACACUAGGUAACAGAGUAUAACAACUUUUUUUUUUUUGCAAGUUUAACUGAUAGCACCUAAUCCAACUGUAAAUAUAAUUACAAAUAAGGUUCUGAGCACCAGCUCACUAAUUGGUGCCAUGUUUUCCUUUUUCUUGUUUUUAAGGUUUUUAUUUUGUUUCUUUUUCAUAUCUUUAAGUAGUUCAUGAAUUUAACUUUGAAGGAGAGUUAGAGAAAAUUUUAAGAUUUUACUCCAUGUAUUCAACCCGCCUAGAUAGAUCCUCAACUGACACUGAAGCAAGGUGUAGAGUCUAGUUCAUGACUAUUUCUUACAGUUCACAAGAACUUAACUUUAUAUACAAAUAAUAAUUUUUAACUAAUUAUAUUUAGUUGUUGCUUCAGCAACAAACCUACAACAUGGCUACCUUUAGACAUUUUUUUGUGUGUGAAAAUUUUACUUGUAAAACCGGUUUUUUGACAGUGUGGCAUGUAGCACAUAUAGCUCAAAGCUCAGAUAUAGAUAUGGUUGAUUUUUCUUUUUAAUCCCAAAGUUCCCUGUGAAAACUGAAUUUGCGUCCUUCUGUGACUUUUUGAGCAAAAAGUUUACAACAUGUGGAUUCUAGAAUCAGGCUUUAGAGCGAUAGAAUUUGUUGUGUGGAUAGGGUUAUUCCACAGUAUUUAGACACAAUUGUAUUCAUAAUAUGUCCUGAUCUCUCUUUAUAACCUUACUUAUUCAAAAUUUCUCAAGUGGCAUAGCUGUAGCUACAAAAAUUUUCUUACUCAAAUCUAUCCAAAGGAGGGUUAAAGAAUGACAAAAGCACAGAUUACAUUCAUUCACAUUAGUGAACUCAUUCAUACAGAUACUGUGGAAUGACCCCAUAACAGUGUUGAAGAGACAUAUGCUGCAGUUAACUGAUGGUCUCAGUUAGGGUGCGACCGUGUGAGACACACCUUUUUUGCACUUAUGUACAUAGUUCAUGAAAGUGACCCUUGGAGUUGUUUUUUUUUAAUAUAAGAAGUCUGUGAUAAUAGUGGAAAAGUUAGUAAGAGAGAGUUAUUUCUAAGACUUUGAGAAGAAAGUUUUUUUUUUUCCUACAAGACUUAACUAAAGCAUGAUGUUGCUUUCCUGUUGUGGAGGCUUUCUAGUUCACUACAGCUCACCAUAAGACAAGACUGGUGGCAGGCAGGUGAAGUGACAGCUUCAGCCAAUGGCACUAAACAAAAGUUCAGGUACUUCAACUUUUAGCAAGAUCGCUAGCAAAGAUUGUUAUGUGAAUUAAUCCUCAAACACACAUGCACACACAACCCCAGGCAGGUUUUUGGUGCUAAGGUCUUCUUUUUUCAAUGGUUACAAGCAGUGAAAUACCUUGUAAGCUGCAAGAGGGAUAUUCCCAUUCUGAUCCAAUGAGAUUUCAUCUUUCACAGAAAAUGAUCAAUUGAGAUAUAUCGGUUAUAUCAAUUAAUAUAUAUUUAAGUGACAAUCAAAUUGUUAACCCUCGCCACUAUUUCCCCUUCAAUAUCCAGAAGCCAAAACCAAAUUGGCAACUAUUGAAAGAUAUAAUUUAACAGUUAAAUAUGACCAGCACAGGGCAUUUCAUCCCCCCCAACAAAGGGGAAAAAAUAGUCCUGACACAAUUUUAUAUUUACUUUAUACCUGCUCAGUGGAAGCUAUUUUUUGACUUACCUUUAGCAGAUUAGACAGUGCUUCACUGUGCCACUUCAGCCUCCUACUCUUUUAACCAAACAGAAGAGAACCAGCCAAAAUCUUACAUAUUAAUACAUUGGAGCUAGAAAAGAAUGUCAGACCAUCUCUGUCGAUUUCAGCUCCCAUGUCACCUACAAAUCACCAUUUAUCUUUUUGUUUCCUCCAGGCAGUGAGGCUUAGAAAAAGGUCAAGGUUAGAAAGGUUUAAGGAUAGAUCACCAUACCGACUUUGAGGCCUUCCCAUCUUGAGACCUGUUGUCCUUGCCCUGGAAAAGGAGCCCAUCUUGGGGUUGACGGAAUUGGUGUUAGUAUUGUUACCGAUUUUGAUAGUUCUCACUUACAGAGACAUGAAAAUAAACCAAAGCCAGAAAGCAAUCCAAGCCUUACAGUUGUCCAAUAGCUCAGGGCCAGUUGGUCAGAAAUUUGUUUUUUUUUCCCCCCUUCAAUACAUGAUCACUUACUUACAGCUAACAACCUGACCAUCUGAUCAGCAUUUCCAUUGAUGUAAAAUGUAAGCAUUCAUUCAUUUUGUAGUUAGGAACUCCAACUUUAACCUUACCACCAACAUAUUUUCCCAGCUUAACCCAUGUUCUUAUGUUAAUAUUUCCUUGUGAAAAUAUAAGCCACAUGAAUAUAUUUUCAUAAGGUCAAUAGAAAUAUAGUAAGAUUUUAUGUUAGGCAGAAUCAACUCUAAAAUAGUAAGAACGAACCUAGAAGCAUCACAAAAGGUAAUCAGUUCAUUGAUGGCACGUUGUGCGUACUGACAGCCACUGGCUCAUACUCUUUAGAGCUUAAACACAGUGCUGUCUUUUAAGUAAGUAAAAUUAGAGGAUGAAAGGACCUCUAUUAAACCCAGAAAAGGAUUUAGUUUCACUAAUUCAGUUUCUAUCCCCUACACUUCUUCCCUGGAAGAGAACUACCCAUCAAUACCCCAAAGCAGGAUCAUCCCAGAGGCAUUUUAUCUUUCUCUUUAACCAUCCUCUAUUAUAGCAUACUUAGGAAAGGUAUCACUGUGAAAUAAAUCAAGCUACAUCAUAUUACUUUAACUUUUUUUAAGAAAAAAACCUCUAUAAAAGUAACCCAACUUUAAGCAGUCCUCUUUUCCCACACACAACCUAAGCAUUUAUCUGUCAUAGAACUGCAUGAUUGCAAAGCUUUAUUUCUGUAUACAGAUGCUAUUUGUUAAUGAUGGAAACCAAAUUAUUUUGUUGCUGUGUCUUUCGUGUCUAGCAGUUGAGAGAAUUAUUAUGACUAUUAUAUCAUUGGAUUUGAGGGUUGCCCUUGUCAAAAUCAAUUUCCUUUUAUUAUUGUUGUUGCUUUAAUUAUUAGAAAAUGAACCAUUCGUUACAUGCACCAAAAUUACAAGAAUUUAAAUAAGACUUUUAAAAGAUACUCCUAAAUAUAUUCUUUUUUACGAAGCUAACUCUGUGCAUUCAUAUAACAACAGUCUGGUAUAAUGUAGAAAAUGGAAGCACAUAUUUUGGAUAGAAAAAUGCUGAUUUACAUACAAUUUAAAAAUUAUUAGCCCUGUGAAACAAUUAUAGAUUUAAAUAAUGAUCAUAAUACUUAAUAAAUAUAAACUGUUCCCAUCAUAUUUUGGCUCCAAAAUGCAACAGCUCAUUUCCUCAACUGCUAUCAGUAGGUCAGAUGCUUUGAUUUUUUUUGUUUUUGUUUCUCCAAGUUAUAUGCUCUACUGCUUGUUUGUGUUUAGAAGUGUGCAUUAUGCAAUUCAUUUUAUGCUAUUUCCACGUUGUUUAUUUUUUGUUCUUUUAAUAAAAUGUGUAAAUUUC